CUAAACCACCCAGAGGUUUCGCGACGUGGUCCAAUAGUCAGUGGGCGGCUUGUAUCAAUUUUUCUCCAUAAACCUCACGAACUUUCUCUGAUUCCGAUUCCCACGAGAACAUGGCGGCUAGAUUCAUGCUCCGUCGGAGUUCUCAGAUCCUCCGAUCUAUCGAAACCCGACCACCACUCUCCCAAUCUCCCAAACCGAUUCUCCACCCCUUUACCACCGCCUCACCAGAUCCCGCGACUACCCCCUCCACCCUCCUCCUCCGAUCCCUCUCCACCCUCCGCCGCGGCCCGACCCGCCCCAAGAAGAUCGACAUAGGAGCGAAAGCGCGCCAGAUGCAGAACCGCCGCCUCUGGACCUACGCCCUGACCUUCAGCUGCAUCGCGGGGUUCGUGGUGAUCGUCCUCAACCAGUUCCAGGACCAGCUCGUCUUCUACCUGACGCCGUCCGACGCCAUGGAGAAGUUCGCGGCGAAUCCGACGAAGAACAAGUUCCGCCUCGGGGGACUGGUCCUCGAGGGGAGCGUGGCGCAGCCCGCGGCGUCUCAGGAGAUGGAGUUCGUGAUCACGGAUCUGAUCACGGAUAUCCUCGUGAGGUACAGAGGCUCACUGCCUGAUCUGUUCAGGGAAGGGCACUCUGUUGUGGUGGAAGGGUUUAUCAAGCCGUUUAGCGAGGAGGUGAGGAAGGAGGUGUCGACGAAAGCUGUUUCGGGGAAGGCGAGGGGGCUUGAUUGUUUCUUCUCGGCCACGGAGGUUUUGGCUAAGCAUGAUGAGAAGUAUAUGCCUGGGGAGGUUGCGGCGGCUAUUGAGAAGAAUAAGAAGAUUAUUGCAGCCAAUCAAGAAGCUGCUGCUAAAGUUGCUUCUUAGUUGGUGGGGGUAUUGUUCAUGUUAAUGAAAUAUAAUUGAUUAUAGUUUGUGGAAGCUCAGGAAUGUUUUUAUUCCUAUUUGAUUUUGAGAGUUAGGAGGAGAAUGGAGAUUAUUACACUAAACUGGAGCUUUUGUUUGGAUCGCACAAGGCUUAAGCUAAUCUGUUUUUCUUGUUAUAUUUGAGCAAAUAAAGUGAACACUUUCAUGAGGA